AUUUUGGAAAGACGUUUGGAUAUCCACAAGUAGCCUUUAAACGAUCUGCUGCAUAAAGAGGAAACGGACGCUUCUGAAGAAAACACGAGUUCAUUCGCUGCAGCAUUCUUCAUCCCUCACUGUCUUUUCUUUUCUUUUUCUUUUUUUGACGCCUGAAAAUCUGAAGUUUUGUCGAUGAGCUCCGCGCACGGCCCUGCUUGACCAGCCACGGACGCCAAGGAGCCGCCGAAUCCACAGGUCAAAGAAUUCUUAGUCUUUUCAAUAGCUUCUAGCCAUGUGUGCAUUCAGUAGUUGGAGAUAAAGCUGCAGCGAACGCCUGGUGUGGUUGUGAGAGGGGGAGAGGGAGGGUGUGUGCGCGCUCACCGGACCAGAGAAGGAGGAAAUCUGGGAGAGAGGGGGACGAGAGGCGGCGUGUCCAAGGAUGACUUUAGGGACGGAUAUGUCCGACAGCUCUGCAUUGUCCGAAGAUGUGGACAUCGAUGUGGUCGGUGGCGACAUAUCCGUCGGAAAGGACGGAAAGUACAUUCACCACGAGUUCAACUUGGACAAUGACUCGGACGAUAAUUACUCCCAGAACGCGGCCGAGAGGGCUUCCUCUCCGGGGCUCAGCAGCUCCGACUGUCCGUCAGACCAGCUGGGCUCCGGCGCAGAGGCCGGCACCGUGAUCGGCGACAAACCCAGAAAAAGUGCACUUGUGAAACCCCCUUACUCCUACAUCGCUCUGAUCACCAUGGCCAUCCUGCAGAGCCCCAAGAAGCGCCUCACGCUCAGCGAGAUCUGCGAGUUCAUCAGCAAUAGGUUCCCCUACUACCGGGAGAAAUUCCCCGCGUGGCAGAACUCGAUCCGGCACAACCUUUCCCUAAAUGACUGCUUUGUGAAAAUCCCACGGGAGCCCGGCAACCCCGGGAAGGGCAACUACUGGACCCUCGACCCGGACUCGGCAGACAUGUUCGACAACGGGAGCUUCUUGCGCAGGAGGAAGCGCUUCAAGAGGCACCAGAGCAACGAAAUCCUCAGGGACUCCGGCGGCUUCCUGCCCGGGUUCGGAUACGGCCCGUACGGAUACAACUAUGGACUCCAGCUGCAGAACUUCCACGCAGCCCACAACCCUUACCACCCACACCCCACAGGUGGCUCGUUCCCGUUCCCUAACGCCCCCUGCACCUUGCCCCCGUCGGCCUCCAUAUUCCCCGCGCCACAUCACCUGCCCUCCCUUUUAGGGGCCGACUUGAGAAAGCCUUUUUAUCCUCAGCUGAGCCCGUCUCUGCCGCCUCUCAAGACGGACUCCAGCACCCCGAGCCGGCCUUCCUUCUCCAUUGACAAUAUCAUCGGCGCGGCCAACUCCAGCGGCUCUUCCUACAGCGCGCAGCCGGGCAGCCAGGCGCAGAUCCUGGCCAUGCUGAGCCCGGCGCUGGCCUCCGCCUCCAGCCACUUGAACUUAACACAGGACAGCAUCCUACAGCCUGGGCCGCAGAGCCAGACUUUUUCCAGCAAAACCUCGAACAUGAACACUUGUCCUUUUUAAGAAAAGACAGCGAGAAAAAGGAAAAAUAAAAGAAAAAUAAAAAAACGUGCGAAGUGGCCGCUGACGGUAAACAGCCUGGUGAAGGUAGGCUGAACAUCCGGCUGCUCAGGCUGUCUGAGGCUCUCCCGGGUUCCUAACAAUGUCAGAGGAGAGAUGAGUUUAUUUAUGGCUUGUAUAUAAGUGUGUGUAUAAUAUUGAGAGAGAAGGAUGUUUUAGAGGAGGCGGCCUGCUCCCGGCUGCGGCCUUCAUCUGUCAGAACCACCACCAGGAUUCUGGUGUUUUAACUUAAAGUCGUUACCAACGGCUACGGGGAGUGUUUCCCAUAUUUUUCUUUUUUUAAAUACAGCUGAGAGUUUUAUGAUGAUCGAUGUUGUUUUUAUUUGUGCGUGGUGAGAAUGUGGCUGUUGUUGUGGACGUAGGCUGACAAGAGACGGCAAACUCAGGUUUAACUUAGAAAGCACACGGAGACAGACGGACGGGCUUCUGACAUUAAAAAUAAUAAUUAAAAAAAAAACAUUUUCCUACUUUCACUCCCCCUAAAAGCUUCUCUACAUGGUGAACUUGUGACAGAAAAAACAAAGAAAAAAAAAAGUCCUUCAUGUUUUGCCCGUGGACACGUAGGCUGUGUGAUUGUGGGUCUGCAGAGCGCCAUACCUGUCCUCAACCUUUACCUGUUCCUCCUACUCACCAUUUAAUCUGUGAAGCAUACAGUAUGUCAUGUGUUGCCAAUAGACAAACACCUAAAUGUUCAUAGGUCAUUUUUUGUUGUAAUGACGAGAAUAAUAAAUGUUUGUGAAUUUAAAGGGGAAAAAAA